ACUUAUUCAGAGAGAGGCAGAGGCCAGAGAGCAAAGACACACAGACAGUGGUAGUGGCUGCUGCGGAAGCGUUCUACACGUAUCAUAGAGUAGCUUUCGCAGCAGUUACACACGCUAAUAAGAUGGCUCGCUCCCUCUCAGUGUCACAAGCCAACCGUGUAAUUAAGGUUCUUGUUGCUGAAUUUCUCCCUCUUUAUCGGCGAGGUUAUGCGGCAGCAGCAGCAGCUACAUCUGAUGCAGCAGUGUCGGUGAGAGUUGGAUUAAUUAGAAGUAUAGAAGAGAAGCCUGUAUUGUCUGAGGCCCGCUCACCUUGGGCCCCUGACCCAGUAACGGGUUACUACAGGCCCAUCAACUGCACUCCUCAAAUAGACCCGGUGGAGCUCCGCCAGAUGCUCCUCAACCAUAAAUUCAGAUCAUCCCACUAGACCUUAGCGGAGCUGCCACCACCAACAGCCUCCACCACUAUAACAUAACAUGCUUUUAUUAUGUUUUGUCAUGCUCAAUUUCUCUUUAGAUUUCGGCUUGCUACUGUAACCUUUUUGUUAAGCUGUGUCCUUUGUGUGCUGAAUAAACUUUUACCGUUUCUUA